ACGCCAAGGUUGCUAUGCUAAGGUGAAAACCAUGGAGAAUAAACAUGAGGUUGAUAUAUAUAGAGAUACACCGGUUAGAUUGUUAGGUUAUGCAAAUGAAGUUGGAGAAUCUUUUAGAGCUUUAGUUCAUGUAAAUGCAGUUAGAGCCAGCUAUGUAGUGGCUUUUAGCUAUGUUUUUGCUGAUACUGCUGACAAAGUGAAGAAAAGAGAUAAGUUAUUGGAUAAAAGUGAUCCAGAAAGGAAUAAAAAGCUAAUGACUUCUGCCAUUGACACUUUAGUGUGGCAGACACUUGCUUCUGUAGCAAUACCUGGUUAUACAAUCAAUCGUCUUUGUGCCACUUCCAUGUAUCUGCUGAAGAAACACAGCAAGUUGCCUUCCACAACCAGAAAAUGGACAACAGUUGCUAUAGGUUUGGGAAGUAUACCAUUCAUAGUUAAACCAAUUGAUCAUUUAGUUGAUGUGUUAAUGAAUAACAGUUUUCGAAAAUGGUUUUGAAUGUAAACUCAAUAAUACCAUAUAUAUUUCACUUCUUUUAUGAGUGGAAAAUAGUUUUUGAAAGUAAUUGUAGUAACAGCACAUUCUUUUGUGUGUUUUCUAUUUUAUGGGAAACAAUAUUAGGAUCUGAAAGUAAUCUUAAAAUAAACAACAUUGUUUACUACAGUAACUACAAAUUACAAAUUUUUUUAUUAGACAUUAAUCCUGUUAAAUAGAUGAAUGAAAAAAAUUGAAAAUUAAUAAUUUUUGGUUUAAUUAAAAAUUAACAGUUUGAAUGAUAAUUAAAUAUACUUAGUUUUAAAAUUAUUAUAUUUCUAAAAUCUAUUAGUGCAUAGAGAAUAUACUAAUCAAUAUAUGCAAUGUUCUCUAGUAAAGUUGAUUAUUUUGAGAAGUUUUCUUAUA